UUUCACUCGAGGCUAUUUGCAUUCAAACGUAACAAUAUAGCGCUAAAUGCAACACAAAGCCUCGGCUGGCGUCGUUUGAAAACUUGAUUUUGCUCGUUGCUGGUUCUGCAGGCCCAGGCAAACUAGCGAUGAAUGCAAAAAGCCAAGAGGAGAAACCUCUUAGAGCUGACUCAUUCAGAAUGCAAGGUCCUGACUGCAGGACAAAUGCUGCUGCACAGGGGAGGUUCGUUAGUAGAGGUGUGAUCGCAACAGUGGUUGCGUUGAUUGUAGUUCUUAUCAUAUUAGUUAUUGUGUUGGGCUCACUGCUCGGUAAAGAAAGAUGCCCUUUACAAGAAGGAAACAGAGGAACGUCAAAGCCGAAAAUCAAUGUUCCAACGACAGUUGCUGGUCCGUCUACCCCUGGAACUGGCGUUUGGUGGAAUGUUCGCCUGCCAAAACAUAUCACUCCAAAGCAUUAUGACCUCACUAUCUUCGUUGAUUUAAAGAAGUUUUUAUUUAAUGGUCACGUGAGUAUCUUGAUAGAGGUGAAAGAACCGACGGAGUAUGUAUUGGUACACACCAAAAAGUUAGCUGUGACGUCAUUAGAUGUUCAUCAGUCCUCCGGUGCAGAAAUAGCCGUGAAGAAUCAUUUCCUGUUUGAGAAGAACCAGUUCUACGUCAUCCAGAUGGAAACCUGGCUUCAACCAGGGGAAUAUGUCAUUAAUAUGGCGUUUAAAUCUGAACUAAGAGAAGAGCUGGGAGGAUUCUACAGAAUGAAUUACACAAGAAAAGACGGAACAAUUGUACCUGUGGCGGCAACUCAGUUCUCCCCAGCAGACGCUCGUAAAGCUUUUCCGUGCUUUGAUGAGCCCGCUAUGAAGGCGACCUUCAAUGUAACCCUUGUCCAUGACCCUGGUUUGAUUUCCAUUUCCAAUAUGCCUAUUUAUCAAACUGACGAAAAGGAUGGAUGGAAAUACGAUAAAUUCGAGAAGUCUGUGCUCAUGUCCACUUAUCUGGUAGCGUUUGCCGUGUGUGAUUUUAAGUAUACUGAAUUCACUCUGACGAAAGACGCAAAAAAGGUUAGAAUGUACGCGCCUCUGGAACAAAUUGAUCAAGUGGAAUAUGCGUCCAAAAUCACGGAUAAACUGUUUACUUUUUAUGAAGAUUACUUUGAGAUAAAAUAUGCAUUACCAAAGUCAGAUAUGAUCGCCAUUCCUAAUUUCCUUUUCGGUGGAAUGGAGAACUGGGGACUAAUAACCUACAGGGAUUGGAAUCUGCUCUUCAAACCAAAUGUAUCCUCAUCUGCCAAUAAACAGAGGGUUGCUGAGGUCGUGUCUCAUGAACUUGCUCAUCAGUGGUUUGGUAACCUUGUCACGAUGGAAUGGUGGGAUGACUUUUGGUUAAACGAAGGAUUUGCUAGUUUUAUGGAAUUCCCGGCCAUGGAUUACAUUCACCCAGAAUGGAAAAUUGAUGAUCAAGUGGUCGUAAUUGAUAUGUCAGCGGCAUUUGCAGAAGAUAGCUUGGCCAAUUCCCAUCCGAUACGAAUUCCGAUAACAAGGCCGGAAGACAUCAGCCAGAUAUUUGAUUCCAUCACAUACGAAAAGGGUGCGUGUAUUCUACGUAUGCUAGAGGCUUAUCUUGGAAAAGAAGUUUUUAGGAAAGGAUUAAAGCAUUACUUGGAAAAGUUUGAGUACGCUAAUGCAAAAACAGAGGAUUUAUGGACAGUCUUGGGAGAGGUACGGGCCUAUAGGGCAGUAAUUUAAAAGAUUUAAGAGUUGAAUAAAAUCCUGCAUAGAGUCACCUAAAUAAUCACUCUCCAAAUCCCCUCAUCAUUAAUGAAUCGAUUGACAUGAAUGAAAAUGAAAACAAUGACACAUUUUUGAGCUACGAGUUACCUUAAACAAAGUACGAACGACCUAGUGUCUACCUAGGGUAAGGUUUCGAACGACCAAGAGGAAAAAAGAAACUUUUUAACUUUUUUGCUGAGAGCGCAAACCGAGAUUCCUUGGAAUAGUCAGGAGGUUUGAACAAUUGAGGGUUAAAAAGGAC